AUGCCAGGUUUAAAUGUUUUCAAGAGGUUGCUCCAAUGUCUAUUUUGUGCAGGUACUACUUUGAUGCUCCUUUUCAUUGUCUUCGGUGGUGGCGUCGAUUCAUUUCCUUUCAACCAUUUCUACUGGGUCCAAGCAGACACCUCAAAAAUUCCAUCUGCAAACGCAGACGUCACUAGAUGGACUUUCUGGGGUGUCUGUAAACUAAGCGAUUGGUCAAGUGCUGCUUAUGAUUCCUGUCCUGGCUUAGGCCCAGCUGUUCCAAUCUCUCCAAUUGAUAACUUUGGUAAUUCCACCGUUGGUAUUCCUACUGAUUUCAUCAAUAACAGAGACAAUUACUACUAUUUGUCUAGAUUCUCGUUUGCUUUUAUUUUAAUUGCCCUAAUAUUCUCUGGUAUUGGAUUUAUUGGUUCUUUAUUUGCUCUAUUUUGGCAAUCAAUGGCUAACGUUAUUACUUUCUUUGUUUCACUUUCCUUACUAUUUUGUCUUGUUGCUUCAUGUUUGAUUACAGCGGUAUCUGUCAUGACUAGAAAUCAAUUCCAUAAAGAACAUCUUGAUGCAAAGAUCAAUGCGGCCUCUUUUGGUAUGAUUUGGGCAUCCACCGGUUGUUUGCUGAUUUUGGUCCUUCUAAGUUGUACUCACAUGUCCGUUAGGGCUUACAAGGAAAGAAAGGAGGGGCAAUCAGAGAAUAUUGGUCCAUUUAGUCAGCAGACACCAGGUGGCGUUGCACAACCUGAAGAGUUUGCUAAUAAUCAAGGCCAAAAUGAAAGUUCUGGCAUCAGAUUCUUUAAGAUAAGAAGACACCAAGACAAGACCGAAAAUGGAUCCAUCGUCUAA